UGUCACAAUUUUUCGUAUAUUUCGUAUGCUUGCUUGGUGAUGCUAUUUUUAAAUAAACGAAAAUAAAGAUUUAUCACUAGAAGUUCACAUAAUAAUGACUUCGUUUAGUCAGCUUUGUCGUCUCAAUAAUAUUAUAACAAAUAGUUAUAGAUCCAUUUUGUAUGGAAGGAAUACAUGGAUAAAUCAGCAGGUAUGCACCUACACCAGAAAAUCGGCGGAAGAACGCCUUGGAAUCGAAAAACCAAAGCGUCCGUUGACCCCGUUUUUUAAAUUCAUGGCACAACUACGGCCAGCUUUACUGGCCAAAAAUCCAGGAAUUACUUCCAAAGAGGCCAUAGCGUGGAGCUCAAAACACUGGCAGGAGCUUGAUUCAGAGACCAAGUCACAAAUGGUUAAAGAAUAUGAAAAAGACUUUGAAGACUACAAAAAAAUAAAAGAAAUGUAUGAAAAAUCACUAACAGACCAACAGAAAGAAGACAUUAAGAAACUUAAAGAAGAAUUGGCUGCUGCCAAAGAAAAGAGGAAAUUAAAGGCUGAAUACAAAGAACUAGGUCGCCCUAAGAAGCCAAUGUCUUCCUAUUUCCUAUUUGUUCAAUCAAAGAAAGAUCAAUUCACUGGAAAACAUAUGAAAGAAUUUCAGGAAAAGGUGAAAGAGGAUUGGUUAAAAUUACCAGGAACUGAAAGAGUUAAAUUUGAAAAGCAGGCCCUAGAUCUCAUGAAUAAGUACAAGAAAGACAUGGACGCCUGGGAGUUAAGAAUGUUAGGCAUAGGACGUUCUGACCUGGUACGAGCAAAGCCUGUGCGUGAGAAGAAGGCAAAGAGCGAAAAGAGCAAAGAAUAGGAACUCGGGUGCUCUGAUGACUUAACUGACUCAAACAAUAUCUCUGAUCUUAGCAGUAAGAACAAUGUUGAUCUACAGACUAGUUUUAGUUUUAAAUCGGGCGUUAAUUUUGAUAGUCCGCAACAGCCAGAAAAUCAGAAAAAAGUUAGCAUAGAGCAAAAAAAGCUAAAGUCAGAAAAGCAUCAGAGCACGGGUGACCUAAAAGAAGCUCAAUCAGAUAAAGUUGAGCCUGAAAACCAGUCCACUAACAAAGAGAAGAGUAAGACCAUAAUUAGUAGUAUUAAAAGCUUCUUUAAGUUUUAAAUUAACUUCUGAGUAGUGAAACAAAACUUAAAUUCCUAAGUUCUAUUUUCUCAUCCUGUAAGGAACAUUCCUCACUGCCAGUUCAAAAUUGACGUUAUACCUAGCAGUAUCAAGCGUUACUUAAACCACACCUUGAGUAUUGUUUCAUUAUUUGGGUGUAAGUUAUUUGUUUUCGAUGUUUAUCACAUUUGUUUUCCACUGGUAUUUCAUCUUCACACAUUCUUACAUAUUAGCAUGUACUUUAGUUUAUGUAAAUAUACUUUUGACUACAUGAACAUGUUUCAUUGCUGCCAUUUUAUUCUUAUUACACAUUGCUAUUUUAUCAGUAGCAUGUAAUCUAAAUCAUCUUAUUUGGUUUAUAACAUGGUAAAAUUCCUUUAAAAAUGGCAUAAUGUUGGUCCCCUCAUUUUGGAAUGAAUAAUAUAUUAACAUUAAAUCCUAGUGCCAUAUAAUGUGGAAUAUUUUAAAUUGUGUGGGAAACAUGAAGGGUAAAAUAUUUUUAUUAUUUCAAUGAAUGAAAUGAAAUGGGAAAAUAUGGUUCUGAGGAUGGGAUCUGGGAUUUUAUAUACAACUAGCGCCAUCUCUUGGUAGGCGAUAUUGUGUAAAUCUCAUUGUUCAUCAAAAUAAAUGCC